GUUCAAUUAAUGUGCAAACAUGAGUUAGAUUUUUUAUAUCAUUUCUUGUGUUCUAGUUUUCUUUGACCUUUUCAUGGAACGUGUAAUUCUUUGUUCUCCCGAUUCUAAUAUAUGUUGUUAUAUGUUACUUUUGAAAAGGAGGACAAAGAAUUGGUAAUUGAUUAUGUUACGUUAAAAGUUAAAACGGAAUUUUCUCGUUUAUUAUUAUUGUCCAUGUGGCAACAUUAUGCUUAUUAGUAUGCAUUGUCCUUGUUUUGUGUACAUAUCAUUAACAUGUCAAACAUAUAGAAAAUGAUAGUAAGGUAAUUUUGAAGUUUUGUCCUUGUUUUGUGUACAUAUCAUAAACAUGUCAAACAUAUAGAAAAGGGCAGUAAUGUAAAUUUUGACUUCAAGUAGUAAAUCCCACACCUUUAAAUCCAUGAUAAAACAUCCCAACAAGCAAAGGAUUGUUACAAAUCCAUGAUGCCUCAAAUCCUUGAUAAAAUUCUUGAGUUUUUAAAUUACAAAACCCUCAUUUUUAAAUCUACGAAUCAAACAACCACUAAAAUUCAUGGUUCUUGAAAAUUGAAUCCCAAAUCCACGAAACAAAUCCAACAUCCAAAUCAACCCUAAAACAACAGCGCAGCGCAAAACUGUGGCAGGAGCAGGAGGAAGUUCUUGAAUUUGAAUUUCCAGACGGGAAGGCCAUCCACUCACAAAUGAAAGUCGGAAAUUUCUGUAUUAUAUUCAGGAGGGGAGUUGCCUGGAGGCUGGAGAUGCCGUUGUCGCCACCCAUCUAUGGCUCUUCUUCGUCUAUGGGUGUUUCGGUUGUGAAAAAUUCGUCUUCGGAAUAGACUCCCCAGUCAGCCGUCCUCUCUCUCCGGCCUCCGCACCUCACUCGCUAUAACAGUGCGUUUGUCCCCUUCUUUUACUUUCUCUACAAUUGCAUCUUCUUCAUUCUUCUCCUCAUUGAUCAACAAAGCUACCUUUCUUCUGCUUCGGGUGUUCUCCUCUCUUCUACCUAUUCCCCUCUACAUUCUGUGACACAAUUAGCCCUUUUGCGUCCUGUAACUUGAGCUGCAACACUAGCGGGGGUAUUCUUUUCGGCUGCCGGCCACCUGAUUUCUGUUGCGGGGCUGUUUUUGGCUUCUGGGUUUUACUUCACUCCGGCAGCCUUCCUUUCAUGCCUGUUUGUUUUGGAAUCUGCUACUUGGGUUCGGGUCGCAUUCUGUGUUUUUGGUCCAAUAAUUAUCUGGGUGUUUCUUAAACCCUUCCUCCUUGUCAGCUGGCUGUGUUUCUCAGCAGCCAUUUGAUCUUUUCUCCAGAUCAUGGCCUAUGUGAGGCAUCACUUGAUUCUGGGGUCCAUGAGUCUCUCCAGUUGGUCCUGAUCCGCCGAGGAAAAGAAAAAGAUCCAACUUUCGAUAAACCCUCCUGCUGGUUUCGAUUCAACAAUGAAUUCGCCUUCCCCAAUCAUGUUCGACAGCUCCUUGAACAAUGAAAUCACUCCGAGUUCCAACUCGAGGAGAAGCGCUUCUGCGCAUCAUUCCCGGACUUCUCGAGCGGGUUCCACUGGGGAAGUUGCUUUCAGUGAUUUAGGGUCUAAGCCUGUGUUGUAUGGAUCCAGGAGGGCGGAUUCAGAGGUGUAUUGUAUGUCUCAGAAAGAGAUCAAUGAAGAAGAUGCUAGGUUUGUCUAUAUUAACAAUCCUGUAAGCACGAAUGAUAAAUUCGAGUUUGCUAGGAACUCCAUUAGGACUGCAAAGUACUCUGUUAUUUCUUUCUUGCCUAGAAAUUUGUUUAAACAGUUCCAUAGAGUUGCAUACAUUUAUUUCCUUAUCAUAGCUGUCCUGAAUCAGUUGCCCCAGCUCGCCGUUUUUGGGCGUGGAGCUUCCAUUUUGCCCCUUGCUUCCGUGCUGCUAGUUACAGCAGUUAAGGAUGCUUAUGAGGAUUGGAGAAGGCAUAGGGCAGAUAAGAUUGAGAACAAUAGAUUGGCGUGGGUUUUGGUGGAUGGUCAGUUCCAACAAAAGAGUUGGAAGGAUAUUCAGGUUGGCGAAAUAAUCAAGGUGGAAGCCAAUGAUACUCUACCUUGUGAUAUGGUCUUGCUCUCCACCAGUGACCCUACAGGGGUUGCUUAUGUGCAGACCAUCAACUUGGAUGGAGAGUCAAAUUUGAAGACACGGUAUGCAAAGCAAGAGACCCUCUCAAAGAAUCCUGAGACUGGAAGGUUUACUGGGUUGAUCAAGUGUGAGAAACCUAAUAGGAAUAUCUAUGGAUUCCAUGGGAACAUGGAGAUUGAUGGGAAGCGCCUGUCACUUGGACCUUCCAAUAUUAUCCUUCGGGGCUGUGACCUGAAGAAUACGGCUUCAAUUCUUGGGGUUGCUGUGUAUUGUGGAGCUGAGACCAAAGCUAUGCUGAAUAGCUCAGGAGCCCCUUCGAAAAGAAGCAGGCUUGAGACUCGCAUGAACUUGGAAAUCACCAUACUUUCUCUGUUUCUUGUUGCCUUAUGUACAGUUGUAUCUGUAUGUGCUGCUGUAUGGUUGAUGCGGCACAGAGAUGAGUUAGACACCAUGCCUUUUUAUAGGAGAAAGGAUUACAAUGAAGAUGAGCCAAAGAACUAUAACUAUUAUGGAUGGGGAAUGGAGAUAUUCUUCACAUUCCUGAUGGCUGUAAUUGUGUUCCAGAUCAUGAUUCCUAUUUCUUUGUACAUUUCUAUGGAGCUUGUUCGGGUUGGUCAGGCUUAUUUCAUGAUCCGAGAUGCCCAGAUGUAUGAUGAGGCAUCAAAUUCAAGAUUUCAGUGCCGGGCUUUGAAUAUAAAUGAAGAUUUAGGGCAGAUAAAGUAUGUGUUCUCUGACAAAACCGGGACACUCACUGAGAACAAGAUGGAGUUCCAGUGUGCAAGCAUAUGGGGAGUAGAUUACAGCGGUAGGAAGGUUACCUCUGGUGAUGAACAAGCAGGACACUCUGUUCAAGUAGGUGAGGCAACUGUGAGUCCAAAGAUGAGGGUGAAAGUUGAUCCUAAGCUUCUACAAGCUUUAAGAGGCGGAAAGAUGUCAGAGGAUUUUGAACAUAUCCGUGAUUUUUUCCUUGCUUUAGCAGCUUGUAAUACAAUCGUGCCUCUCAUUGUUGACACAUCUGAUCCCAAUGUUAAGCUGAUGGAUUACCAAGGGGAAUCUCCUGAUGAACAAGCUCUGGCUUAUGCUGCUGCUGCAUAUGGUUUUAUGCUUAUAGAACGAACUUCCGGCCAUAUAGUGAUUGAUGUUUUGGGUCAAAGGCAAAGGUUCAAUGUUUUGGGUUUGCAUGAGUUUGACAGUGAUAGGAAGAGGAUGUCUGUCAUAUUAGGCUUCCCUGACAAGUCUGUCAAAAUCUUUGUAAAGGGUGCUGAUACAUCCAUGUUCACUGUCAUCGAUAAAGCUUCAAGCAUGGGCAUAAUCCGUGCAACUGAAGGCCAUCUUCACUCUUACUCCUCCCUUGGCCUGAGAACACUUGUCGUUGGGAUGCGUGAAUUGAGUGAUUCAGAAUUUGAGCAGUGGCACUCUUCCUUUGAGGCUGCUAGUACUGCUUUGAUUGGCCGCGCUGCUUUGCUUCGGAAGGUUGCCACAAAUGUUGAAAACCAUCUAAGCUUGCUGGGUGCUUCUGCUAUUGAAGAUAAACUUCAAGAAGGUGUCCCGGAAGCUAUUGAAGCGCUGAGGACUGCAGCAAUUAAAGUCUGGGUUUUAACGGGGGAUAAACAAGAAACCGCCAUAUCGAUUGGCUAUUCUUCAAAGCUCUUGACCAACAAAAUGAAGCAGUUUAUUGUCAACAGCAACUCCAAGGAGUCAUGUAGAAAGAGUUUAUCAGAUGCCUUGCUUGUAUGUAAAAAGCUCAACAAUGUGUCCGAGACUCCUGAUAAUGAAGAAAUUUCUGCAUCUUCUGGAAGCUUGGUUGCUUUGAUUAUUGAUGGAACCAGCCUUGUUUAUAUCCUUGAUAGUGAACUUGAAGAACAGCUCUUUGAAUUAGCCAGCAAAUGCUCUGUGGUCCUUUGUUGUCGGGUGGCUCCAUUGCAAAAGGCUGGAAUUGUUGCCCUUGUGAAGAAUAGGACAGCUGACAUGACCCUUUCCAUUGGGGACGGUGCAAAUGAUGUUUCAAUGAUCCAAAUGGCUGAUGUAGGAGUUGGAAUCAGUGGGCAGGAGGGUCGGCAAGCUGUAAUGGCAUCUGAUUUUUCCAUGGGGCAGUUCAGAUUCUUAGUUCCACUUCUGUUGGUCCACGGACAUUGGAAUUACCAGCGAAUGGGUUACAUGAUAAUUUACAACUUCUACAGGAAUGCGAUUUUUGUUCUCGUCUUGUUUUGGUAUGUGCCCUUCACCGCUUUCACUUUGACGACUGCUAUUAACGAGUGGAACAGCGUGCUGUAUUCGGUAAUUUAUACAGCAGUGCCAACGGUCAUUGUUGGUGUUCUUGACAAGGACUUGAGACGGAAAACUCUGCUCAAGUAUCCUCAGCUAUACGGAGCUGGGCAAAGACGAGAAAAUUACAACUCGAAGUUGUUCUGGCUGACGAUGAUCGACACCCUGUGGCAAAGCGUGGUCGUUUUCUUCGGGCCUUUCUUUGCCUACCGGAUUAGCAGCAUCGAUGCAGCGAGCAUAGGGGAUCUCUGGACGCUGGCAGUCGUCAUAUUGGUCAAUCUUCAUCUGGCAAUGGACAUCAACCGGUGGAAUUGGCUCAUGCAUGCAGCAAUAUGGGGAUCCAUUUUGGCAACUUUCGUCUCUAUAAUGGUCAUUGAUGCCAUACCCAUUUUACCUGGUUACUGGGCCAUUUUUCAAUCUGCAAAGACUGGGUUGUUUUGGCUUUGCUUGCUUGGUGUGGUUGUAGCCGCACUAAUUCCACGCUUUGUUGUAAAAGUACUGUAUCAACACUGCUCACCAUGCGACAUCCAAAUCGCGAAGGAGGCGGAGAAGCUCAAACCAUUAAGCAGAGGUGUUGCUGGAUCUGUAGGAGUAGAAAUGAGUGCCAUCUUGGAUCCUCAAAGGAGAUGAUGACGACAUGGUAAUAUAUCAUUCUUCUCCUGUAUCUUCUUUUUUUCUUCUGUAAAAAUUACCUUUAUUGUUUAGAUCGUAAAUAAAAACACAGGGACGGAAUAGUAUUUAGAGGAGAUAAAAAUGAUCUUGUCAAAGAAGAGAAAAGGAACAAGAAAUGCCAACCCUCACCAACGUGGGAUUUGAGAGAGUGACCAUGCAAACACGGUUCAUAUAAUCACAUAUCCCAAUUAAUGUUGAAAUUUCAUAAUCAUGCAUGGCUGAUUGAGACAUGUGAAAGGAGCAAAUUGAAAACCAUAAUUAAGGACGCUAGUUAAUGUUUAACGGGUCCACCCGAUUCAGUUUCGCUCUCUCGAGUUGAUAGGGGCAAUAUGGAGUCGCUAUCAAGCGGUUAAUCAAUAUUGAGCAAACACAAUUCAAAGUGCGUGGAGCGGAUUCACGUUUGAUACUUUGCAUAAACUAUGAACGCAACAAAUAUUCGACUACGAGAAUGAAUUGUAUAAACUAUU